CGGGCUGUCCCUGCGCUGCCCCUGAGCCGCCCCUGAGCUGCGGAGGGCGCUGGCGGCAGGGGAGGGCGGCAGGGUCCCCGCUGGUCACAGCUGGUUAGUGGCCUCUGCCCCCUGCCCCUCAGCGCUGUCCUCGCUGACCCGCGCCGAUUGCUGUGAGGUCUGUCAGCGCGGCGCGGGGUCUGCCUCAGCCGCGCUCCUCGCCUGCCCCAGCGCCUUCUCCUGGCUGGGACUCGCUGCUUGUUUAAUAUGUGUCUAAAACUUCACCAUUCCACCCCGACCUUGCCCGGCUCCCCGCUGAAUUCGCUUUGGUGCUAACGCAGAUGGUGUUUAGCGGAGGAGUCCCGGGCUAAAAGCCUGGCAAGAAGAAAGAAAACGAGAAAAAACUAAUUCAGGGUAAUUUUCCCCAAAUCGAUUCACAUAACGGCACAAAUUACUCUGUUGGCACCGUAUGAAAAGGGGGAGGGAGAGCAAGAACUGCUGAAGAAAGCUCUGCCAGUUUGAACGAGUGCUACAGGUUUACGAGGGUGUUUUUCAACAGCAGUGUUUGUGUCAGAAGUCUCAGAAGCGUUUGUGCGCCAAUACAGCUGCUCCUGUGGCUCCACGAUACUCUCCUCCUGUCACCUCUGGAUCUUCAUGUCUCCAUUGAGGACAGAAGAGGAUCAAGCGCUAAACAGAAAACCAUGAUCUUGAGAUAUUGGAGCCUGAAAGAAUCCAGAGUUUUUGAAACAAGAAGGGUGAAACAAGACCUUCUCCUGCACAAGCUCCUGACUGUGUGACAUGAUUCCUUGAUAAGGAAGCAUUCAUGAACUGACAUGGGUCAACACACUUUUCAUUACCAGGCAAAAGAAGAAAGCCACAAUACUGCACUUCAGCCAGGACAUUCAGAGUCAAAGAAGGUUUCUGAAAUCAGUGGAGGCGGCUUGAGAACAGAGCCUGGUUAUCAAGUGAUCUGACAUUCAGGAAAAGAGAGGAACAAAAAUCUUCCUCGCACACAUGAAUCCUUCAGCUUAUGCUUUUCUCAUCCAUAAAAGACUGCUGAAAAAAAUAAGAAGCCUAAAAUUAUGGCUAAACGUACAGACCACCAGGGAAGAAAACAGAAUAUUCAGGAGCUGUGAGACUGAUCAGACUAGCUGGGAAAACUAAAUGGGAUUAUCGUGUUUGGAAGACUCUUCCAGAAACUCACUGCUGUGAUGAAGAGAUACAUCUGUUAAAGUAAAAAAGACUAAAUCGUGGUACCAGUUCUCUAAGGGGAAGCACAGUAUGAAUCUCAAUUUGAAAGUGCUGCAUUUUGCAAAUGUUCCAACUACUGUUAGAGAUAAUAAAAUAUUGUAAGUGGUCUCAUAUGUAUAUAAAACAGUUACUGUUUAUAAUUCAUUAUUUCACCUUCACUUUAGAAAAAAUGUGCCUUGCUCUUGCGUGCUCUCAGUAGUCUGCACUCCACAUUACACCAAGUUUUCAGCUCAUUUCUGAGGUUAAACACAACUGCUUGUGCCUGCCAUUUGUUCACAGUCAUAAAAUCGCAUGUGCUUACACAAAACUGGAAUUCAUAUUAAAACUACUUGCUUUCCACUGACUAUAUAUGCACAAAUUGCUAUAAGUGAGCUUAAAACUAACCCAGAUGCGAUUUUCCAGGCUGUAGCUAAGAAACGUGCCUGGAUAUUCAGAAGUGGUAUAUGGAAAUGUAGCCAACUGUUGUUCUCCACACUGUCCACAGUAAACAUGCUUUAGACUCAGUUAAAUUAACUGAUACUUCCAUUUGCCUUUGUGCUUAAAAAACAUUUAUAUGGUGACAGAUCAUAGUUUCUUGAUACAGAAAAUUAAUUGCAUCAUGAAAAUUGAGUCAUCUGAUAAACCACAAAGAAUUUUUCCUCAGCAGAGAUACAGCUUAUUCCCACGGUGUGCUACACUGAAUGGGUUUCAAGCAUACAAAUACCUGUCAGAUGUACUUGGUAGGAGUGGAAAGCUGAGUGAGCCUUUGAUCUGGUAUUUCCUCCUGAGGAGAAGGAGACAUCAUGAAGCAGAAACUGACGUCAUCAGUUCAAAUCGUUCUGCUACUUGCUCUGACUGCAGUGAGUCUGAUGGUGAAGAAAAAAUCUAUGAAUGUCCAGACUACCAAACAUCAGGUCCCAAUUCCUGCUACUUUGAUAAAAACUACACUAAUCCCUGGACAACGUAUAAUAUCACUGUAAUGGCAACAAAUGAGAUUGGAAGUAACAGCUCAGAUCCUCAGUACGUGGAUGUGACCUCCAUAGUUCAGCCAGAUGCUCCUGUGAACCUCACUGUAGAAACAAAAACAUCUGCUAGCAUAACGAACCUUUGGGCAAAAUGGUCUCCACCUCCAAUAGCUGAUGUCAGACCUAAUUCACAUGUGUAUCACUAUGAGCUACGACUAAAAGCUGAAGGAAUGGAAGAGUGGGAGACAAUAUCUGUGGGAGUGCAGACACAGUACAAAGUGAUUAGGGUACAACCUGGAGUGAAGUAUGUUGUUCAGGUCCGUUGCAUGUUAGACCUUGGAAAAUGGAGUGAGUGGAGCUCUGAAAGACGCAUUCAGAUUCCCAAAGGACAGUCGCCUCCUGAAAAGCCUACAAUAAUAAAAUGCCGUUCUCCAGAAAAGGAAACAUUUACUUGUUGGUGGAAACCUGCUUCAAAUGGAGGAUAUCCUAUUAACCACACUUUGCUUUACAGCAAAGAAGGAGAAGAACAAGUUUAUGAAUGUCCAGACUACAGAACUGCAGGCCCCAAUUCAUGCUACUUUGAUAAAAAGCACACCUCUUUCUGGACCAUAUACAAUAUUACUGUGAAAGCAACAAAUGAAAUGGGAAGUAACGUCUCUGAUCCUCAUUAUGUGGAUGUGACUUACAUAGUACAGCCAGAUCCUCCUGUGAAUAUAACUUUGGAAUUAAAAAAGUCAGUAAAUAGAAAACCAUAUCUAAUCUUGACAUGGUCUCCACCCCCACUGGCUGAUGUCAGAUCUGGAUGGCUUACCCUUGAAUAUGAGUUGCGACUAAAGCCUCAAGAAGGAGAGGAAUGGGAGACUGUUUUUGUUGGACAGCAAACACAGUAUAAAAUGUUUAGUUUAAAUCCUGGGAAGACAUACAUUAUGCAGAUUCAUUGCAAACCAGAUCACCAUGGAUCAUGGAGUGAAUGGAGCCCAGAAAAGUAUAUUCAAAUCCCGACUGAAUAUAGAGUAAAAGAUAUGGUUGUGUGGAUCGUCGUUGGUGUCUUGUCAUCUCUUAUAUGUUUAAUCAUGAGCUGGAUAAUGAUUUUGAAAGGGUACAGAAUGGUAGCCUUUAUCCUACCGCCAGUUCCAGGACCAAAGAUAACAGGCAUAGAUAAACAUCUGUUACAGAGAGGAAAAUCUGAAGAAUUAUUGAGUGCUCUUGGUUGCCACGGUUUCCCUCCAACAUCAGACUGUGAUGAACUGCUGGUAGAGUAUCUGGAGGUAGAGGACAGUGAGGAGCAGCAACUCAUGCCAAGCCGUGACAAUGCCACAAGAAACACAAAAAUGAUACCCAAGGAAACAGACAGGGACUCAGGACGAGGGAGCUGUGAUAGCCCUUCUUUGCUUUCUGCGAAGUGCAAGGAGUCCCGCGCCCUUCCAUCAACACUUCAAACACAACACGUAAGAAAUGUUCAAGAAAACAAAGCAGGAAAAGGAAGCUGUGAAAUUCUGUGUCUAGCCUCAGAACAGAAAAUAAUCCCUUUUAACAAUGAGAAUCCAAGAUCAUCCACAUGGCCUCCAGCUCAGCUACCUAAUAGUCAGCCUCCUAUGUUUGCCUACCACAGUACCGUAGAUGCACAUGCAAUAACACUGGGUGCCACAAAUAUGAACAUUACACCAGUUUCGGUGGGAAAUGAAGAAGAUCAUCAGCCACUAUAUCCUAUCACUGAAACUGUCCAUGACAACUUGGAAAAUCAAAGAGAGAUGGAGGAUUUUCAUUCCAAAACUGACCAAACCACAGUGCAGGUCAAACAAAACAGACCCAAUGACCAGUCACCUUUUUUGAAUCCUAGACUAAUGGAUUAUGUAGAAGUUCACAAAGUCAGACAAGAUGUGGACCCAGCAGUAUUACUGAAAUGUAAAGAAAAUAGUGAGGAAACCGAAAAAUACACUGUUCCAGGAACCAGCAAAGAAUACACCAAGGUCUCAACAGUUGUGGACCAUAAUAUUCUAGUAUUAAUGCCAGAUUCACAGAACCAGCAAACGUCUGUGUCUCAAGAACCUGCAGUGGAAACACCUCAGGACGUCCAGCAAAGUGAAGCUGAAAUAGAUACAAGCUACAUUGUGACAGCCCCAAGCGAGAUGAAUAGAGAGGACAAUGGAUCAGACUACAUGGACCCAUCUUCCUUUAUUCCCCCCUUUAAAUAACUAGUAGUUCGUACAGUACAUACUUAGUAUGUAUGUACAGUAAAACAAAGCCACAUAGCAAACAAUUCCCUAAAAAUGUCUAGCUUCCUAUGUGUAUUACACAGAAAAUAAACUAAACUGUGGGUUGAGGUAACAAUCAUGGAAGUAAACCUUGGAUCAUUCACACAUGUUUCUGACACAGAGAAAUGAGGAAAUUGAUAUUAUCUGCUAUGAAAAAUACAUUGUAAACUAAUUAUUCAUCUCUCCAGAUCUUCUAUUAACUGAUUAAAUCUGAGGGAAUACUGCAGAUUCAACGAAGAUGAAAAUUAUUACAGAUCAGUCGGUACACCAUAGUGAUCUGAGCAGUUCCUAAAUCAGUUAUAUCAUAUUUUCUUCUGAAUGCAUGCUGUCACUAGAUUAAGUUUUCUUUAUAUUUUUUCUCAAUCCUUAAGUAGAAAGGAGCUCUUACAUAUGACAAAUCAUAUAUAAAAGAGAAUAUAUUCAACAAAUCACAGUAAAAUAACAAAUUCUUCUAAACAUAUUUUUGCUUUGUUUCAAUGUGAAAGAAAACUUUGCAUCCCAUUUAUAUCCUAGUCCAAUCAAACCAAACAUGAAAAAAAUAUCAGGACAAUAUUUGAUAUAUUGCCUUACUGUAUAUAAUACACAAUUCUACUCUAGUACAAGCCCAUAUGUUUAACAAUAUAUUUUUAAAGGCUAUUUUUAUACUACCAUAAAAAAAAAAAGCCAAAAUAAAGUAUUUUUUAAUUUCCCAAUGCUAUUUAACUACUUAGGAACUUUUCUCUUUCCUUCUGCUGAGAAAGCGGUAACAAGUAAAGCUACAAUUUCUAUACAAAGCAUAAAAUUAAACUUUCUACUAAUUAAGAAUAUUAAGUCAUUUUUAAACUAUAUUUCUAAUAUAUUGCAAAUGUAUUACUAUUUGAAUUGUAAAUUAUUUCUUUCAAAUAUUUUUUAUCACCUGUAAUUAUAAAAUUAAAAUAGAAUCUAUUUGAGAGCAAAGCUUCUUUCCCACUGAAUUUGUACUCCAGUGCCAAUCAGGAGUUGAGUGGUGAUCCUUAGACAUUGCACUUCUCUCUUUACUUGGAAGGAAAGUUUGAAGUCAGGUUUUUCAUAAUGAACUUACAAACAGUAAUUUGGAAUCUAGCCUACAAAGUCAAAGAUACAAGGCAUAAAGUCUGAGUCAGAACUCUGCUGAAUGGUAAGAAUGAGGAAAAAGGGCUGGAUACAUGUCCCUGAAGCAGCAAUGAGAACAAUGAGGAUUCUUCAUAUCCCAUGUAACUGAGGCAGAAUCAAAAUGAUACUGGAAUGGUUCUGAACUUACUGUGGUCCUCCUUUCUUGAAACAGAAGUUUAAUUUACUCCAGAAAAGUAUGACCAAGUGAUGACUGAUUAAAACUGGGCCAAGUAUUUCACCAGUAUCACUAGCUUCAGGGGAAAUUGGAAACAUGAGGUAAGGGAAAUCACUGUACAUGUGAAAGAAGGUGUAUUUACUAUAGAUGAGCUCUUUUCUGUUCUUGUCCUUCCUGAACAGCUUUACAUUUCUUCAGCUUUUCAUGAUGUUGUGCGCUGAGCCAGGCUUCCUGCAGUAUCAGGUAGCCUGCUGCAGAGCCAACCAGAAGAGACUUUCAGAUUUUGAAGGUCCCAGAAGGCCACAUCUGAUUUGGCAAAUCAGAUUCUCACCUUUUACCUUCAUGCCAAGGAACUGCUCAAGCACAGAUCAGUUGAGCUAUCUAGCCCUUCCGCUGGCAGGACUUUAGAAUUUAACUAAUUAUCUGUGUGUCUGUAAACACACAGUGUUAAUGCACACUGAAACUUUUGCUUCAGACAUUAAAUUUUGAGCCCGUGUCUUCCGUACAAUGUACUGCCCACUUCCAGAGGUUGAUCAGAGCAGACUGGAUGCUCUCCUCAAUGUGUUGAGAGGUAUGCUAAGUUCUUAAUUCAGCCACCUAUUUAACAUUUGAAGACAUGAAGUGGCUAUUCCAGAGAGCACAUAAACAUAAAAUGUUGUUUAGUUGUAGUUAACAGGACAAUUUUACUGUAGACAUACUGUUUGUAGAAUAUCUUACAAAUUUUCUAGAAAUGCUAAAAGUACUGCAAAGAAACUACCAAUUUGUCAGUCAAAACGGGAAUGUUUUGCAUUCUGCAGGGUGGAAACUAGUCUGCGUGCUUGUAUGUAAGCUGGUAAUAUACUCUUUCUGACAGUGCUUCAUUGACACUUCACUUUUCUGACUGAAUUGGACAGAGCUGAUCUGGAUCAGACACACUCUCUUUCUUUACACAGCUAGCCAUAUCUGAGCCAAGCUGUUGUUUUCUACACCUGAUGCCACACAUGAAGACAUGCUGUUACAGGCCUUCUGUGAUGCAUAGAGGCUAUAGAAUCUUAUCAAACCACAGCCUAAAGAUCUUCCUGAUGUAGUGGAUUUCUUACAGUAAACCACAGAUGACUGUUUUAAACCAAAGCAAGCAUGGGGUAAGGUGUCAGCAGCAGGCUGUUGCUGUCUUAUCAGUUACUUUGGACCUGAGGCACAGAGACACAACUUUUAGCAGGUUUCAAGUGUAUGAUUUGUCCUACAUAACUGUAGGGAUCUGUAUGUGUACCUCCAGUAAUCC